UGUCCACGGAGUCCAAGAUGCAAAUAGCGAUUUCUUUCUCUGACCAAGAUUUUGUCUGUGGAAGCUGAGCGAAUUUAUCUAAAUCGGAUGCUCAAUGUCGAACUUCUUUGCGACUGCUACAAAUCCAAACCCCAAUAAGUCCUUUGAGGUGACUCAGCCUCCUAGUGAUUCUGUUUCGAGUCUUAGCUUCAGUCCCAAAGCCAACUUUCUCGUAGCCACUUCAUGGGACAACCAGGUUCGAUGUUGGGAGAUAGCACGGAAUGGGGUAAAUGUUGCCAGUGUGCCCAAGGCAUCUAUAUCACAUGAUCAGCCGGUUUUAUGUUCAACUUGGAAGGAUGAUGGUACAACUGUCUUCUCUGGUGGUUGUGAUAAGCAAGUGAAGAUGUGGCCUCUGUUGUCUGGAGGCCAACCAAUGACUGUUGCUAUGCAUGAUGCGCCAAUCAAGGAAGUAGCUUGGAUUCCUGAGAUGAGCUUGUUAGUAACUGGAAGCUGGGAUAAGACCAUGAAGUACUGGGAUACUAGGCAGCCAAAUCCAGUGCACACACAACAACUCCCAGAACGAUGUUAUGCAAUGACAGUGAGACAUCCUCUGAUGGUUGUUGGCACUGCUGAUAGAAAUCUAAUCGUUUACAACUUGCAAAAUCCUCAGGUUGAAUUCAAGAAAAUUAUUUCACCCUUGAAGUAUCAGACAAGGUGCCUUGCUGCAUUUCCUGAUCAACAAGGUUUCUUGGUUGGAUCGAUCGAAGGGAGAGUUGGGGUGCAUCAUUUGGAUGAUAGCCAACAGAGUAAAAAUUUUACUUUCAAAUGCCACAGAGAGGGCAAUGAGAUAUACUCAGUCAACUCUUUGAAUUUCCAUCCUGUACAUCACACAUUUGCAACUGCGGGUUCUGAUGGUGCUUUUAACUUUUGGGACAAGGAUAGUAAACAGAGACUUAAGGCCAUGCUAAGGUGCAGUCAACCUAUUCCUUGCAGCACCUUCAACAAUGAUGGUUCAAUCUUUGCUUACUCGGUCUGCUAUGACUGGAGUAAAGGGGCUGAAAAUCAUAAUCCUGCGACAGCAAAGACUUACAUCUUCCUGCAUUUGCCACAGGAAUCUGAGGUUAAGGGCAAACCUCGACUUGGAACAACUGGGAGAAAGUAGAGACUAUCCUAGCUUUGUAUUACUCUUCUGCGCACAUAGAUGUUUUAUACUGGUGUCGAAUGUGGGGCAUGGUCUUGACAUUCUGUGUACUGUUUUCAUUCUCUGUUCCAGAUCUGAUGUAUAUUACUAAGGUUUGGAUCCCCUCACAUGAUAUGAUGGUCAUGUGAACAGAAAAAUAGGUGCACUUAUGACCAGAGAACGCACGAUAUUUUAUUUAUUUUUCUCCACAAAGCACAUCAUCAUAAUGUUACUAUGGGAGGAUCCAAAUCGUAUUGGUUGGUGGUUUGGUAGUUUUAUGAUGAGGGAUGAGCGGAAGGCAUUUGUAAGUAGGCUGUGAUUACUUUUACAUAGGGAUUGCUGAGUUGCAACACAUUUGACGCUUUAAGUUGUGUAUAUAUCAUUUCAUUUAUAGUUUAGUUAGUGGUAUGAGGGAUUUAGGCAAGCAAUCUCUAGUUAUGAUGGGUAUGAAUGUUCACAAGUGAUUUAUCAGAAUUGGUUUGCCCCGUAUAUUACAAUAAAUCUUGUCCUUCAGCGGUUGCGUAGGCUUCACA